AUGACUGAGAAAGAGCUGCUAAAUGAUGAGGAGUUUAUCCAGAUUCAACGCCUGAACUCUAACAAUAACCAUAAGAGACAUUCGAUAGUGUAUGAUAAACCGAUUUAUGCUAGUGUUACCACGGAUGAACUAGCUGAGGAAACGGAGGAAAGCGCCGAACCUGCUAAAUUGGAACAAGUUAGUGAUGAGCUUUUAAUUAGUUUCUUGAAAAAUCUGAGUAUUUUAGAGAAAUCUAGGUACAGAAAUGAUUCAAUAACUUCAUUUUUUGGUGAUGUCGAUUUCGAUAAUAGACCCACCAUUAUCGAUGGCCAGCUGAAUCAUCCAUACAUUUCCUCCUUCAACGGACCCGUCGUGGAAAGACAAAUGAGGGCUUUGGAAAGAUCAAAGAGACAAUUGAAGGCCAAAACUACUGAGGAAAAAGUGGAUGAUGUCUUGGCAACUAGUGGAACCGAUCCUCUAUACAAGACACAGUUUGUAUCCAAUUUUUCCGGUGUAUACGUUAUGUUAUGGAUGAUUAUUGGUUUAAUAGCUAUCAGAAGUGUGGUCGACAAUUAUUUGGAUAAUAACGAUCUUUUCAAUGAUGCAUUAAUUUUGAGAUUCAUGCUUCAACGUUUGCCAACAGUUGCUUUCCUUGACAUGGUCAUGUAUUUUGCCACGUACUUUGUAGUUUUGGUCCAUUAUGGCUGCAAAUUAAAUCUUUUCACAUGGCACAAAGUAGGGUUCUGGUUGGUAUCAAUUUUUGAAUUGGGCUACGUUCCUUUCUUCAUGUAUCUUAUUGGACAUGUUCUUAACCUGAAUUGGAUCACCAGAAUCUUCUUUUUUUUACAUUCAGUGGUUUUAUUAAUGAAAAUGCAUUCGUUCGCUUUCUUUAAUGGUUAUCUAUGGAAUAUUACUAAAGAAUUAAAUUAUGCUAAGAGAGCUUUGGCAAAAUAUAGGGAUAUCGAUAAGCCUGAUGUCUUAGAAACAUUGAAAAAGAGUAAAAACUUCUGUGAAUACGAAUUAGCUUCACAAGCCAGCGACACAAUCAAAUUUCCCGAAAAUAUUACAAUAAAAAACUAUUUCAUGUAUACUUUAUUUCCAGUAUUAGUUUAUCAAUUCGAUUAUCCGAGAACAAAUAAGGUAAGAUGGGGGUAUGUUUUCGAACGGCUUGCAGCAAUUUUUGGAACAAUUUUGAUUAUGAUUCUUGAUGUUCAAGUGUUUAUCUUGCCUCCUGCAGUUCGUGCCAUGAAUUUAAUAGAAUCAGAAUAUCAAUGGCCAAGUGGGUUAGCAAAAUUUGCUGACUACAUGCGUUUGAUUGUUGAUUUCUUCCCAGCAAUGACGGUACUUUACAUGCUAACUUUCUAUUUGAUAUGGGACGCUAUUUUGAAUUGUGUUGCUGAAUUAACAUAUUUCGCAGACAGAUACUUUUACGGUGACUGGUGGAAUUGCGUUUCAUGGGCAGAGUUUUCUAGAAUUUGGAAUGUUCCAGUUCACAAAUUUUUGUUAAGGCACGUUUAUCACGCAUCAAUAUCAAAGUGGAAGUUAAAUAAACUUCAAGCUACAAUGUUUACCUUCAUAUUAAGUUCAAUAUUCCACGAACUAUCUAUGAUUUCCAUUUUCAAAAAAUUCAGGCCAUAUUUGUUUCUUUUCCAAAUGUCUCAACUACCAAUGACCUUCGUAAGCACAACUAGUUUUUUCAAGAAAAGACCCGUCCUCAACAAUGUCCUGUUCUGGACUGGUGUAUGCUCAGGCCCUAGCGUGAUCAUGGCAUUAUACUUACUGUACUGA